GCAGUAACGCGUUCUUCACCGCUGAUUCCCUUGUGCAGUUUUUAGGGAAAAGAAAAAUAAUGGCUGCGCUCUUGAUCAGACGGACUAAAUUGUUGUCGAUGGUGAGCAGCCAGUUCAAUUCUCCUGCAUGUGUGAAGAACAUUCACUGUACUGCAGCAUGUUUAAAGAACCGUGCAGCCCGUAUUCGAGUGGGUAAAGGAGACAGGCCAUUGACUUAUGAGCAGUCAUAUCACCCCCAUCACAUCGGACACAGGAAGGGCUGGCUCUCCCAACACACCAGCAAUCUUCAAGGUGAAGAUGGAGCGGCAGAGCGGAUAGUGGAGGACGUCUUCAUCAGGCGCUUCAUGUACGGCACAUUUCAUGGCUGUUUAGCUGAUGAACUGGUGAUCAAACGCAGAGGAAACAUCCUUGUCAUUUGUGCUGUGAUGAUACAGAAACUCUUACCAACGAAACUGUAUUUUCUUAUCGGGUACACUGAGGAACUGCUGUCUCAUUUCUACAAGUGUCCGGUUAAAAUGGAGGUCCAGACGGUGGAAGAAAAAGUAGUCUACAAAUAUCUCUAAAUGGACAAUGCUUGCGAAGCACAAGAAAAUGUUGUCUUUAUCCAUGUUUAAAACUGUCCAGAGAAUAAACAAUGAAUACCUUUAACAUAUUUGAAUAGAAGCAUCCUACAUUGUGUAUUUCUGUAAAGACUAAAAUGGGGAGUAUCACGUUUUGUUGUAAAUUACAAUAUAAAAUUAUUCAAAAUGCAUGAAAAACCUUUUUAUUUAUAUAUAAUAAAAAUUGACCUAAUAAGGA